AUUGGCGGCGGCGGAUGGCGGCUCCAGGUGGCACGCGCUGACAGCUGGGUCACAUGAUGGCCGUCAGCGCUCGCUUUUCCACCCCUCUGCCUCCGCUCUCCCGGGCUCCGGCACAAGCAUCCCGUCGCUUCCAGGAAUGUCAAGGCCGGGGGUGCAGUCUGGAAGGAGGCCGCGUCGCUCGGCCCCCUCGCUUCUCGUCCGAGCGGGCUGAAUCGCCGACGGUCGCGGCUCGCGGAGGAGCGGGACGGCCGCCACGGUUGCCGGGGGACUUGGGUCAUGAGACUCGACUCCGGUCGCGUUCGCUAGAGGAGGAGGAUAGAUGGGACUGACGUGUACGCUCCGGCGGCUGCCGAAGCAGCGCUUAGCUUUCUGAUGAAUUAGAGUGAUCUUCUCUGCAGCGAUACAGUGGAAGAGACAAAGGAGCGGGGGAAGACGGGCAGUUAUUUACUUGAGCAGAAAUCCCGGGCUGUGCAACAGAAUGGAGGGGCAGGAUUUGGGUUACGAAACUCCAGGGCAGUGCAAACGCAGCCCGGUGCAAACGCCUAUAUUGCGCUUCAGCGAACUGCUUUCUUUAAGGUGGUUUUUGUGAUCCUGUUGCUAGGAUUAAGCCUUUUGCGUUGCAGCAUGGAGAGUCUUUUGUUUGAGUUAAAUUCAGACCUCUUGAUAUGUCACCUGACAGUCUUGUGGUUUUGGAUGAAUAUGGCUCAUUGCUAUUAUUAACCUGAGUUGGCAGCUGGGCACAACAGGAGUUUACAGGGAUUUUGAAAAGUGGAACUGCUCGGGGGACAAAGAUGCUUCCCAGCUGGCCUUUGCCGGAAUUUGACCCAAGUCAGAUCCGACUGAUUGUGUAUCAGGACUGCGAAAGAAGAGGACGGAAUGUCUUAUUUGACUCCAGUGCUAAAAGAAAAAUAGAGGAUGUUUCAGUGUCGAAACUCUGCAGUGAUGCUCAGGUGAGAGUUUUUGGGAAGUGUUGCCAACUGAAGCCCGGAGGAGACAGCUCUUCUUCGUUGGAUAGUUCAAUCAAUUCAUCCUCCUCAUUCUCUGAUCCAAAAGAACAAUGCCCAAAAUACCAGGGUUCUCGGUGCUCCUCAGAUGCUAACAUGCUUGGAGAGAUGAUGUUUGGCUCCGUGGCAAUGAGCUACAAGGGCUCCACAUUGAAAAUUCACCAGAUCCGCUCACCUCCUCAGCUCAUGCUCAGCAAGGUUUUCACAGCUCGCACUGGAAGUAGCAUCUACGGAAGCCUGAAUACGUUGCAGGACAGUCUUGAGUUCAUUAAUCAAGACAGCAAUACAUUAAAGCCUGACCACAGUACAAUUAUGAAUGGACUUCUUGGGAAUAUAGGUCUUUCACAGCUUUGCAGCCCUAGGCGGGCAUUCUCAGAGCAAGGUCCGCUCCGCCUGAUCCGGAGCGCCUCUUUCUUUGCAGUUCAUAGCAACCCUAUGGAUAUGCCUGGGAGGGAGCAGAAUGAGGACAGAGACAGCGGUAUAGCAAGAUCUGCAUCUCUUAGCAGUCUGCUCAUCACUCCGUUUCCAUCUCCGGGCUCUUCAUUUAACAAAAGCUGUGCUAGCAGUUACCAGCGGCGUUGGCGUCGCAGUCAGACUACCAGCUUGGAGAAUGGGGUCUUCCCUCGAUGGUCCAUGGAUGAAAGCUUUAACUUGUCAGAUGACAGCUCUGGUCCUAGCCCAGGAAUUGUUAGGAAGAAAAAGAUAGCAAUUGGAGUUAUUUUUUCACUCUCGAGAGAUGAAGAUGAAAACAACAAAUUUAAUGAGUUCUUCUUCUCACACUUUCCUCUUUUUGAGAGUCACAUGAACAAACUGAAGAGUGCAAUAGAACAGGCUAUGAAAAUGAGUCGUAGAUCAGCUGAUGCCAGUCAGCGGAGUUUGGCAUAUAACAGAAUUGUUGAUGCCCUUAAUGAAUUCAGAACGACUAUUUGCAAUCUCUACACGAUGCCACGGAUCGGGGAGCCUGUCUGGCUUACUAUGAUGUCAGGGACACCAGAAAAGAACCAGCUUUGCCAUCGCUUCAUGAAGGAAUUCACAUUCUUGAUGGAAAAUGCUUCUAAAAACCAGUUUUUACCAGCUUUACUGACUGCAGUCCUGACUAACCACUUGGCCUGGGUCCCUACCGUCAUGCCGAAUGGCCAGCCGCCUAUAAGAAUCUUCCUAGAAAAGCAUUCUUCCCAGAGCGUGGACAUGCUGGCCAAAACUCAUCCAUACAACCCGCUGUGGGCACAGCUCGGUGACCUCUAUGGGGCUAUUGGAUCACCUGUGAGAUUAGCGAAAACAGUUGUGGUUGGCAAAAGGCAUGACCUGGUACAGAGAUUGCUUUAUUUCCUUACUUACUUCAUCAGAUGCUCUGAACUUCAAGAGACGCAUCUUUUAGAAAAUGGGGAAGAUGAAGCCAUUGUCAUGCCUGGAACUGUUAUAACUACCACGCUGGAGAAAGGAGAAGUAGAAGAAUCUGAGUAUGUGCUUGUCACAAUGCACAAGAACAGGGGCAACUUGCUACCAACGGAAUCUGAAGAAAUGAGAACUCCUAACUGUAGCUGUAAAUAUUGCAAAUGUCCGAUUUCCCUUGCACAAAACAUAGAAGGUGUUUCACAGCAAGAGAGAGAAGAUGCACAAAACACUCCUAAGGUAGAGCUGGAGUCCUCUUCAGAUGAGAACAGAACUAUUGUUCCUGACGAUUGCCAGGAAGAUGUUGUUGAUGCUAAGCAACCGAGACCCUGCCUGGACACAAAACUAGAGACCGUGGUGCGCACAGGGUCAGCUUCACCAGAAAAACGUGUAGUGACGGAAUCUGGUUUGGAGCCAACAGGAAACAUGUGGAGGAGUGAAGAGUCGCUGGAAUCGGGCAACCAGGCGGUCAGUGUAACAAGGUCACCCGGUAUAGCUGUGGAAAAGAAGCCGCCAGAUAAGCUCUUCUGCGAUGCGUUUCCUUGCAGCGCUGCCGAAGCUCAGACAAAGGUGACUUUCCUCAUCGGAGAUUCCAUGUCACCCGAUUCAGACAUCGAACUCAGAAGUCAGGCAGUAGUGGAACAAAUUGCUAGGCAUCACAGCCCACCAGCAACGGAGGAAGGAGUGUCUGCUGAUCAGAACUGUGAAGCUAAACAAACUGUUGAGGACCAAAAUAGAGACUGUGGGACAGCUGAACCCUUUCCUCAAGUUGCUAGUGAGCAUCAGAGCUGGAAUCCAAAUCCAUACAAUGCUGAGAGCAUGAGUCUGUUUGAUGAAUAUUUUACUGAUGACAGUUCAAUUGAAACCCGGACUAUUGAUGAUAUUCCAGGGCAAGCAGCUACAGACCUUCUUGCUCACAACAGUAGUUUAGAGUUUUCUAAAAAGCUGUGUACAAAGACUAGCAAACCACCUAGCGAGUUUUGUAAAUUUAUGGACUCUGUUCGACAAGAGACCUACAAAAACUGCUUUAAUGAGCAGGACCAAAGAGAGAAAAUCUCUAUUCGCGUCCCCCAUGGGGACAGAGAAAACGUAGAGAAAAAAGUCGCCCCGGGAAUUGAUUGGGACAUUCCAAGAAAUGAGAGUUCAGAUAGUGCCCUGGGUGACAGCGAAAGUGAGGAUACAGGUCAUGAUCUAACUAGACCAAGCAGUAACUAUUAUGGAGCAGAGCAAGAAGAUUGGGCAGAAGAAUAUGAGAUUCCUUUUCCUGGGUCAAAAUUAGUUGAAGUGAACUCUGUCCAGCCCAGUAUUGCCAAUUUUGGAAGAUCCUUACUAGGUGGCUACUGUUCGUCUUAUGUCCCUGACUUUGUUUUGCAAGGAAUAGGAAGUGAUGAAAAGCUGAGGCACUGUUUGGUGUCAGAUUUGUCUCAUGCUGUGCAGCAUCCUGUUCUGGAUGAACCGAUUGCAGAAGCCGUCUGCAUUAUUGCAGACACGGACAAAUGGACGGUGCAAGUGGCCAGUAGCCAGAGACGAAUGAUUGAUAAUAAGCUGGGAAAAGAAGUGUUAGUCUCGAGUCUCGUCUCCAACCUGCUUCAUUCCACCCUUCAGCUUUACAAGCAUAAUUUAUCUCCAAACUUUUGUGUUAUGCACCUGGAAGAUCGGCUGCAGGAGCUCUAUUUCAAAAGCAAGAUGCUGUCCGAGUAUCUCAAGGGCCAGAUGAGAGUUCACGUCAAGGAGCUGGGCGUGGUGCUGGGGAUUGAAUCCAGCGACCUCCCUUUACUGGCAGCUGUAGCAAGCACUCACUCUCCGUACGUUGCCCAGAUACUACUUUAAAAUGCCAGAGGCCGUAGUCGUUGACUUUUUUUCCCCUCUGGAAACAAAGUGGAAGACAACUUGUUCUGGCUUCUUUCUCUUUGAAGCAACUAAAACAAACUGCUCGUUGAGCUGCAGCACCUCCAUAUAUGACUGCACGUUAUGCAAACAGUUGGAGACUUUUCCUCUCCCACUUGAUCAUUUAUUAAAAAGGGUAAAGAAAGGAAAAAAGAAAAAUGAGUAAGCCCGGGAUUUCAGCCACAAAAAAGCAAAGAUUUUAGCAAAAGCUGAAGAUCUGCAUUUUUUAUCAAUUUCUGCCACAGUGGCUAACUGUAAUUUAUACUGCGGAACGUGAGGAAGAACUGCUUUGAGAAAUACACGAUGCUAUCGCCAAUUAUAAACUUAACAAGAGAAUGCAGCAGCUGUCUUCAGACUGGCUUCUACUGAUUAGGAUCUCAUUAAGAUCUGUAAUUCUCAAGCUGCAAUGAUUUGUAAACAACUUCUACUUUUUCAUGUCAUAGUCAGAUUCUGGAUACUUCCCAGAGGAAGAACAGGGGUUGGGGGUGGGGGGGGGGCGGGGGGUUGGUUUGUUUUGUAAAAAGCUUAUUAAUGACACUCAGCUCCAAAAGUUAUUUAUGUUCUUUCUCCUGGGGAGAGGGAAUAGCGGGGGGCAUGGGGGGGGGAGGCAGGGAGGAGGGAGGAAGAGGCCAACAGACAAACUAGCGAUGGAGAUUCUCUUUCUUGGCCGGCUGUUGUAACCAGUAUUAAAUGUUUAUAAUGUUUAAAUGUUGCUUUAUACUAAGUGAUGCUUUUCCUUCACAACGUAAUCAAAAUGUAAAAAAAAAAAAAAACAAAAACCCUAACGAUAACGUUGGCUGAAAUUUCCCCAUGGGGUCCCCAGAAUGACAUGACUAUUACCUCUAACUUUUUUAUGGUCUAUAAUGUUCUUGCAACAUCAUACUCUUUUUACAGCAGUCAGUCAGCUAUUGAAAUAAUGAACUAGAAAUAAUUGUACCAAAGCAUUGGGGAAAAAACAAAUAGACUAUUACCCUUAAUUGCUCAGGUAACUAAUUGAUAUAUUUUUAAAAACCAUUCUACAAAAAAUGAACAUUGAUUACGCCAUAGUAUAGUAAUAUCAAAAUUAUUUUUUGACAAAUAUACCCUUGAUGCAGAUGACUCUAAUCCCUUUUCUACUCACUUGUGUAAUUACCAGCAGAAAAUGUUGUUUAUUUUAUUCUCAGCAUUUCUCCUUUACUCAGCCAUCACUGUUUUGUCGUUGUAUAUACAAUAGUUGUAGGAAUAGCUGAUGGACCCAAUCUGGUGUAAGUAAUGUAAAUAUACAGUGGUAGGUGGAUUAUGUUUUCAAAGGCUCUACUACCUCAGUUUAACUGGACACUUCAUUAUAGGCUUUUCUUUGUGUAUUUGUCCUAGCAGCCAAUUAAUGUUGCUGAUUUUUAGGCUCUGUUUUCAUCGAUUAUGCUCAGUAUAUUGAAAUUCACGGAUUAUCCACAGAAGUAGGAGAUACGUGUUCACUUGGUCGCUAAACUCUAUAAACAGUUCUAUAAAUAUGUCAUUCUGUAAUCAUCUUUUCAAUAGUAUAGCACGCCUGCUAUUGUUGUUUGCAGAGUUAUUUUAAAUACAAAUCUAUUUUAACCGUUUGAUAAACUUGAAAACAAUAGGAGAGAUCCCUGCCCCACUGCUGUCAACGACAAAACUCUCCUCCCUUCCUUUGCUGGGGCCAGGCUUUCACCCAGAGAGGUUUUUUCAGUAAUAUUUAAAAUCUGUAACUUAAGACUCUGUUCCAGGGAAGAUCUACAUGGCAAACCCACACCCCUUUCCAUGCGGGACUGAGUCUACGUAAGUCAACCAAACGUUAAUACAGGCAGUGUCAUUUGAAACUCUUUUGUAUAUAAAUCUAACGCUGACUGCUGCAGGGAAGAAACUUGUGUUUAAUAUGCGAUCUAAGGAUAUGUUUCUCCCCUAUUCUUCAAAUGUCCUUUCUUCACCACACAAUUGUAUUACAUCUGGCUUUUGGAAUGAGCACAAAACAUAGGGGCCCAGUUGUGUAAACACAUUUUUAAUGAAAUAUAGGAUUGAGCUCAGAAUACAAAUUUUUAACUCUUUGCUAUGAUACGUGAUAUAGCCAAUAGCUCCGAUUCUGAACAUUGUACAUAGAUCUGCCGUUGUAACCUGAUGACGACGGUGCUGCUGGGCUCAGUGCUGGCGCUGUGGUCCGGGUGAGGAGCCCCGAGGGUCCGCUCCUGCCCUUGCCGCGGGGCAGGUUCCCUACGGGGGUUCGCCCGCGGGACGUGCCCAAGUAGCUGGGCAGCGCCGCACCGUAAUCCCGGCACCUCCCAGGGCUGCGCUUGUAAUGCCUCCUUACAGGAGAAUGCUACGUUCUCCUCCAUUUAACCAUUAUCAGGCGAAUCGUUGGUAUUGCUUUGAAACGGAUUUGACUCUCAAGAAGGGCCCUUGCACGGCUUGAAAUUAGUAUUCACUUGAGAAGGAGAAAAGGUGGUUGUUCGGUGGCAUCCUUCUCUGCUGUCUUCUGCCUAACGCAGCCCCUUGACGUCCUGGUAACGAUGUGUUCGGUCAGUCCCAGGCGAAGCGGCCACGGGGGCGGCUUCCUCGUCGUCCGCCCACCGGUGCCGGUUCCCUCGGAGCCCCCGGGGCCGAGCGGCGGCUCCGGGCGCGGCGGCACCCUCUCCAGCAGUAUUGUGGUCAAAACCCAACCAAAACCCUCGUGUGAUGGGAAGUUUUUCUGUAGGUUAACUUCUAGGGUACGUGAACAACGUGGUACGUACGUCUGUUUGUUAAAUAAUACAAAAAGGGAUUUUUUACAGGACUAUAGCAUCGACUUUUUAAAAGUAUAUCGCGAUUGUUUUAUGUGAAUAGAAAACUAAUGUUUGCUUUCUCUUUUCCACUAUUACCAAUCUCCAUUAACAUGUCUUAAUUUUCUGGCUGAAAACUAAGUGUACUAGGCACACAAAUUAGCAAAUUUGUUUUUGUUGCAAUUGGCAAACACUGGGCUGCUAAGAACAAAAAAUAUUUGAAAGAAAGGAUUUUACACCUUGCAUAUGUUUUCCCUAUUAGUUGUUAUAGAUGUUUUAUGACAAUUUUUUGCUUUCUCUAAAUUAUUUAGAUGGUGGUACUUGUAAAAUGCUGGGUAAAAUGUACAUACUUGUUAUCUCUUCUGUUUUUGUAUAUAUUUCCCAAGAUGUGCACUUGUAUUAUAAUAACCAUUCCCAAUUUUAGGGGAAAUUUGUGCAAUAAAUACAGUAUGUCAAUUUA